AACUAUCGGAGCCUUGUCCGACGACAACGACCGAUUCGUCGACUUCGUCAGUAGCCAAAGGCUUCGCCGUUGGAACGCCACCGAACCACCUAAAAGAGUGUUCCCACGUCCCAAAUGCAGCACCAGGCGCUGCCUCAGCCAGUAUCGAUCUCCUCUCCUCCGCCCUCGAGCGAGUCCAGGGCAGCUGAGGCACCGCCGAUGCAGGUCGCCUUAGCGAUGGACAGGCUGUCGCAGGCCGCGCGGCUCAUCGCCGAUAUUCGGCUCGGGGCGGACCGCCUGCUCGAGGCCCUGUUCGUGGCCUCUCAACCUCACCAGAGCACCAAGCCUCUCCAGUUCUUCGCCAAGGAGGAUGCUUCCAUGCGCCAACACCUCCAGGACCUCCGCUCUAUUGGAAAGCAGCUAGAAGAGACCGGGGUAAUUAAUGAGUCUCUUCGAUCACGGAGCAAUUCAUGGGGUCUGCACAUGCCAUUGGUUUGCCCUGAUGGUGCUGUGGUCGCCUAUGCUUGGAAGCGGCAAUUAGCUGGACAAGCCGGUGCAUCGGCCGUCGACAGGGCAAGGUUAGCUUUCAAGGCCUUUUCUGAUCAGAAACGCCGCUUCUUCCCUCAUCUUGAGGAUUCACCUAGUGACCAAAGUGGUGAAUCGGUGUCUAAAAGACGGCGAGUGUCAGUGAGCCAUGAGGAUGAUGCUACUGAUUAUAAAACUCUAUCAGAUGUUCUUGCUCAGUUGGAGAAGGAGGCGCCAAAUGUUAAAGUCUUUACGUACGAUCGACUGGAUUGGUUGAAGAGAGCUGCUUUGCUGCCCGCUUCUGCAAAUGAGAAUCCUAUGGAAGUAUCGAAAGAACAAAGUUUUCACAGUUUAAAUAGACUUGGACCAGAUUCAGUUGGAGCUGUUGCUACUGAUAAAGUUGCCGUGAUUGAGUUGUUAUUUCCUUCGGUCUUUAGAGCUAUUGUAUCAUUACAUCCUGCUGGUUCUAUCGACCCAGAUGCUGUAGCUUUUUUCUCUCCAGAUGAGGGGGGAAGCUAUGUACAUGCAAGAGGGCUCUCGGUUCAUCAUGUAUUUAGACACAUAACGGAGCAUGCUGCCAUGGCACUACAAUACUUUCUUGGGGUCAAAGCCGAUACCGCUUUAUAUUCAAUCUUGCACUGGAUUUGCAGUUAUCAAACUCUUUUUACAGAAGUUUGCAGUAAGUGUGGACGCUUACUAGCAAUGGAUAAGCAAUCCGCUGUUCUCUUGCCUCCAGUUCACCGCCUUUACCGGACCAUUUCCACUACCAAAGUCUCAUCCACCCAACUCGUGUCUUCAACAAAGGACCAAAGUCACCCUUCUUCUCAGGCUUAUCACGCUGGUUGUUAUUCAAAGGAAACUUAGGCAUAGACGUUGUCAGUCUUGCUAGUCCAGCAGCCGAGGAGUUACAUCACAGGCUUUUUAAUCACAUGCCAUGCCGAUCUGGAAUCAAAGUUCGAGAAUGCGCAAGAAGUUACACCCCACUGUGGGGGUAUUCUGGAAGCAUUGGUCCCGUUCUCUCUUCUUCUUUUUUUUUUUUUUUGUAAUUUGGGAGGAUGCGAACUGAAUUUACUGGGACAAUCAAUCGCGAACAGUCAGAUUUACUGAUUAAAUUUGGUGGUAGGUAAUGGAGUGUAAUGAUAGAGCAGAGUCAAGUAACAUGUAAUCAUACUAACUGUGCUGCAGAAAUUUGGCUGUAUAAUCAGAAAUUUAGGAUUUUCUUA